CCAAAAACUAGUGGUCAAGCUUUUACAUCCAUGGCGAGUAUAAACUCCAUUGUCUCUGUGAAUCGACAACGAGAUCGAAGCCAACAAUGGAGGCAUCGCCCUGUUUCCUAACCUGCAAAUCCUUCAUCAAGACUUCCUCUGCAACUUCGCCCUUCUUCCACAAGAAAAGGCCAGGCCAAGUUUUCCCCGGAAGAGCUGCCAGCAGCCCUUCAGUGAUCUAUUGUAAUCUCAGGUCCGAUCAGGAUGACGGCGGCGAGGCGCUGAUCAAGUCGGACUGGAGGUCAUUCAGAGCGCGGCUGGUGGCCGGAGAGCAAGCAAUUACCUCCCUUGAUCGAGGCUUGACGCCGUUGCCGCCGCCGGCAGUGGCGCUCGGUGACAAAUGGGCCCACCUGAUCCACGAGCCCGAGCGUGGCUGCCUCCUCCUGGCCACAGAUAAGCUCGACGGCGUCCACAUCUUCGAACGGACGGUGAUCCUCCUCCUCUCGGUCGGCCCGUUGGGCCCGACCGGAGUCAUCCUCAACCGGCCGUCCCUCAUGUCGAUCAAGGAAACGCCGUCGGUGAACUUGGACGUGGCGGGGGUGUUCUCCGACCGGCCUCUGUUUUUUGGGGGGCCGCUGGAAGAAGGGCUCUUUUUGGUCGGCCCGCGCGGGGGAAGGAACGACGACGACGGAACUGAUCGGAGCGGGGUGUUCGAGGAGGUGAUGCAAGGGGUGUACUACGGCACCAAAGAGAGCGUGGGGUGCGCGGCGGAGAUGGUGAAGAGGGAUGUGGUGGGGGUGAAGGACGUAAGGUUCUUCGACGGCUACUGUGGGUGGGAGAGGGAGCAGCUGGCGGAGGAGAUCAGGGCAGGGUUUUGGCGGGUGGUGGCCUGCAGCCCGACGGUGGUGGGCGAGGCCGGCGCUGGGAGGAGCGUCGGCCUGUGGGAGGAGGUGAUGGGCCUCGUCGGCGAGAGCAAAGUGAUGGAUUAACGAGGGAUCUUUUCAAUGUGCGAAAGGAUUGUUCAUGUAUGAUUGUGAUCAUUAUAUAAUAGCUAAUUAAGGAAUUUACCUUCUUCUAA